CUCACAUUUCGUUUUGUUUUGAUUAUUUGAUUACAAUUUUUCAAACACAAACAACUUAUUAUUUUUUACUUGCGUUACUUGCUUCGGUAUUUCCUAAAGAAAAAUAAAAUAUGUGGACAGUUUUAUCAAAAUGCAGAAUUUGCUUAGAGAAGAAACCUGAGGAGGAAUUGGUGCCAGUUUCUACACCCUGGCAGGAGAAUGCCUCCAAAAGUAUUAAGGAAAUUAUCAUAUUUUGUGUUCCUACUGUGUCAAUCCAAGACACCAGUCAGAUAUGCAGCAGUUGUAUGGAGCAAUUGAAGUUUGCCUAUUUUUUUAUAGAGCGUUGCUUGUUAGCUGAAAGAAUUUUAUCACCAAAUUCUUCACAACCAGAUAAAUUAUUAGAACACGAGAAUAUCAUAAUUAUAAUUGAAGAUAAUGAAAAUGAAUACAUAGCAGAGGACAAAGAUAAUAGAACAACAGAUAAAGUUGAACUUAAUCAUCAUUCAUAUAUUAUCUUGUCAAAAAAUAAUGAAGAAAUUAAUGACCAAUCUGAUGAUUCGCUAAAUGAAGCAGUUGAAGUUGUAGAAGACAAAGAAAACUCCAAAACAUCUCCACAAAAUAAGCAUCAAACGUCUACAACAGAAAAUGCCACCAAUUCAUUUCCUGAAAGCAUUUUGGACAUUUUCAACUUUGCUGCUACAAAAGUGAUGUGUCUAUCUGCGCGUAGUGAUAUGACUCAAGAGAAUCAUGAUGAUUUGAUUCGAAACGGAAUUAACGUAAUAAAUAUGUCAAGAAAGACUACAAAGAAAAAACGAGUCAUUUAUGUGGGCAGAGAUUUAGAGUAUAAGGUACAGAAAUGUGCAGAGUGUGAUUGGGUUUUCAAAACUUCUUGUGACUAUACUGACCAUGCACACCUUCACCACAAUGGCAAAAUUAAACUUUCUGAUAAAGUAUCCUUCAAAUGCAACCAAUGCGACUCUGAAUUUGAUUCAAAUAUGGCUUAUAGAAAACAUUAUAGAAUUGCUCAUUACAGCUUAAUGCCUUUUCCAUGUAAAAAGUGUAAUAGAAAGUUUAGAGUUUUCAAAGAUCUUCAAAGGCAUACAGAAACCUAUAAGGAUCAGGAAAUGUGCUUUUUUAUUUGCCAGAAGUGUAAUAAGAAGUUUAAACGUGUUAAAGAUCUUCGGAGGCAUCAAGACAUCUUCAAAUCUCAAGAGCAGUGUUCUGUUUCAUGUCCGAGGUGCCGCAAAAAAUUUAAAACUGUUACCGCAUUGCAAGCUCAUGAAUCUGAUGUCGCUGAUGCCCCUAGUUGUGACUAUUUGAAAUGCGGAACUUGUUCGCAGAAAUUCACAAAAGAAGACUACAAAACUCACCUGUCAGAUCACAACCCAGAAUAUCUUUGCUCACAGUGCGGCAAAGGCUUUUAUUCUUCCAGGGCUCUACUUACUCAUCAAAAAAAUGUGCACCAACAAGGUAGUAACAUGUGCCCUAAGUGCGGAAAAGUUAUGAAGCCUGGGUGGCUUCGAAAACACAUGGCGAAUGUUCAUGGUACGGAUAUUUUUAUGUGCGACAAAUGCCCCAAAGUAUUCAAAAGUGAAGGCUAUUUGCGAAAACAUAGAACAAUACAUGAUGUAAGAAAGAAACCCCACACUUGUGAUAAAUGCAAAAAAAGAUUCUUCACCAAAGAUGGACUUAGUGGGCAUAUUAGGUUGAUGCAUUCGGGUGAAGCAAAACAUGUAUGUCCAAUGUGCGGUGAAGGAUUAUUCAGAUCCGACUAUCUCAAACGCCACAUCAAAUUCCACGAGAAAUAUCUGAACUUAUCUUGUAAAGUUUGUAAAAUGAGUUUUUCUACCAAAUCUAGAUUGUUAACGCACGAAAUGCACGGGCAUGACGAAAAUGGCAAGCCUUUGUAUAUUGGCCGAGAGGUAGCCUCUGUUUUCAAGUGGAAUAAUUCAGGACAAUAUAGCCGUGAGAAAAAUCAAGAAUUGUGGAAUCUGACAGGUCUACUGUAAAUCCAGUUCGAAGCUAGCCAAUCACAUCGCUGAAUCCCACAAAAUCCUAAAAUACUGUCGUAAAAACCUACUUUACAGUCACCAACAUAUGGAACACAAAAAAGAAGUUUAAGGUAUACCUACUCGCCAAACAAAAAUUGAACUACAACGUACCGUAAAAUUAUGUAAGGUCAAAAAGCGUUAGAGGUCUUAAAUUGGUUUAUUUAACAUGUAUAUUUAUAUGUUUCGUCAAUACUGUUUUAUUUAAACAUUAAUAAUAACUUGUUUUUUUUUUCAAUAAAAGAAGAGAA